UUUCCUGUCGGAGGUUACAGAGCGCGAGACGGUAGAGACGCUGCAGUCGGAGGAGGCAGAAGAUCCUGGAUUUAUAAACAUUAAAGUGUUAUUCGUGGUGGAAAAAACAAGCGGAUAAUUCGGAGAGGGAAGGAAGAUACGCCGACUCCUUGAGCACAACAUCUCCGCAGCCAUGACUUCUUCUCACAACGUGAGCGGAGUGAAGCGGGACGAGAAGGGCAGGAACAUCCAGGUGGUGGUCAGAUGCAGGCCUUUUAACACGAUGGAGCGCAAGUCGUCCUACGGGGUCAUGGACUGUGACUCAAGCAGGAAGGAGGUGAUCGUGAAGACGGGAGGGGUGAACGACAAGGCGGCACGGAAGACCUACACGUUUGACAUGGUUUUUGGUCCGGCUGCAAAGCAGAUCGAUGUUUACCGGAGCGUCGUGUUCCCCAUUCUGGAUGAAGUCAUUAUGGGAUAUAACUGCACUGUCUUUGCCUACGGUCAGACGGGAACAGGAAAGACGUUCACCAUGGAGGGCGAGAGAACUCCCGACGGGGAGUUCACCUGGGAGGAGGACCCUCUGGCCGGCAUCAUCCCCAGAACGCUGCACCAGAUCUUUGAGAAGCUUUCUGAGAACGGCACCGAGUUCUCCGUCAAAGUGUCGCUGCUGGAGAUCUACAACGAGGAGCUGUUCGACCUGCUCAGCCCCGGAGACGACGUCAACGAGCGGCUGCAGCUGUUCGACGACCCGCGGAACAAACGCGGCGUGGUGGUGAAGGGUCUGGAGGAGGUGAUGGUGCACAACAAAGAUGAGGUUUAUCAGAUCCUGGAGAAAGGAUCGGCCAAGAGGAGGACGGCGUCCACGCUCAUGAACUCCUACUCCAGUCGCUCCCACUCGGUGUUCUCCGUCACCAUCCACAUGAAGGAGAUGACGCUGGACGGAGAGGAGCUGGUGAAGAUCGGGAAACUCAAUCUGGUGGACCUCGCCGGCAGUGAGAACAUCGGGCGCUCGGGCGCGGUGGACAAGCGAGCUCGCGAGGCGGGAAACAUCAACCAGUCUCUGCUGACGCUCGGACGAGUGAUCACCGCCCUGGUGGAGAAAAGGCCGCACAUCCCGUACAGAGAGUCCAAACUGACCAGAAUCCUGCAGGACUCUCUGGGAGGACGAACGAAAACCUCCAUCAUCGCCACCGUGUCUCCUUCCUCCAGCAACAUGGAGGAGACGCUGAGCACGCUGGAGUACGCCAGCAGAGCCAAGAACAUCAUGAACAAACCUGAAGUCAACCAGAAGCUCACCAAGAGGACGCUCAUUAAGGAAUACACGGAGGAGAUCGAGCGUCUGAAGCGUGACCUCGCCGCCACUCGAGACAAGAACGGAGUUUAUCUGUCCGCAGAGAACUACGAGACUAUGCUGAGUCAGAUCACCUCUCAUGAGGAGCACACGGUGGAGUACAGCGACAGGAUCGCUGCCAUGGAGGAGGAGAUCAAGAAGGUGACGGAGCUGUUCGUGGACAGUAAAUCCAAACUGGAGCAGUGCACUGAAGACCUGGACGAGCAGCAUCAGAGGCUGGAGGAGACGAGCAGAGACCUGCUGCAGACCAGAGAGAAGCUGACUCAGGAGGAGUUCGUCUGCUCGGAGCUCAACGCGGUGCAGGAAAGUCUGUACGACACGGCGGGACGGCUGCUGAGUACAGUCGCUGCCAGCACCAGUGACGUGUCGGGUCUGCAUGAGAAGCUGGACAGGAAGACGAAGGUGGAGCAGCACAACAGUGAGAUUCAGCAGAGCUUCUCUCAGCGGAUGCAGGGAGCGUUCAGCAACGUGCAGCGCUGCGUUCAGCAGCACGGAGCCCAACAUCACGACAUGCUGAGCAACUACUCGCAGGCCAUCGACGGGGUGCUGGCGAUGAACCAGGCGGCGCUGAAAGGAGCUCUGACAACCGUGGAGUCCUUCGUGGGUGGAGUCGGGCAGCUGGUGGCCGACGGCGUCACUCGCUGUCGGGACAAAGUGCAGCAGCAGGAGACGCUGUGUCUGCAGGACAAGGACGACCUGCUGCAGCUGCUGGACGAGCAUCGACUGGACGUGGAGGAGGUGCUGGCGGCUCGCACUCUGAUGGGUCUGUCGGCGGUGAAGGAGCUCAACGACACUCUGAGAGCCACCGUGGAGACGCAGCGAGCCCUGGCUGACAAAGUGGAGGCGAUGAAGGACGUGGGCGUGUUCUUCAGCGGGCUGGUCGGGGAGCUGGCGGCGCUGCGUGAGGAGGCGGUGGGGGGUCUGAGCUCGCUGCAGGCCGAACACGACGCGCUGGAGGACGAGAUCAGACGGGCGCAGGACAAACAGCACGCGAGUAUGAAGCAGACCAUGCAGCUCCUGCAGGAGCAGCUCGGCCUGCUCACCGUGGAGGCUCAGAGCGACUACAGCCACCUGCGCUCCGCAUCCAGAGCUCUGCAGAAGCCUCUGCACGUCCUGCAGCAGAACAUCAGCAGCGGCUGCAGCGCAGUGGAGCGUCGGGCCUCGGCUCAGGCGGACCUCCUCUCCUCCACCUCCUCCUCGCUCGCCUCCUCUCUGCGCCUGAACGCCGAUGAGAGCCGGCAGGCGCUGGAGGAGAUGUCGGGCUGCCGCUCCCACCUCCACAGCUCCGUGUCCGGUCUGGUCGAGCGUGACCUCCAGUGGAGCUCCAGAGUCCAGGAGCACGCAGAGACUCGAGCCCAGGAACAGCUCGCCCUGAUGGGGAACAUUUCCACUGAAGCUCAGACCCUCCAUCAGAGCGUGGAGACGCGCUGCACUGAGCAGCUCCGGACAGCCGAGGAGGAUCUGUCGGGUCGGCAGGAGGAGGCGACGCGGUCUCUGGUGGCCGUGCAGAACCAGACCUCUCUGGACCGGACCGUCCUGGACCAACAGCAGGCCGAGCUGCGGGACAGUGUGGAGACGAGCCAACAGCUGGUGCACGGCUUCCUGCAGGAGGAGCUGCAGCAGGACGUUCCCACCGGUGCGACCCCUCAGCGUCGGGAGUUUGUGUAUCCGCAGCGGUUGGAGAAGUCGCGGAGCCGCUGCGAGCUGCUGGAGAGUCUGAGUAGGCAGCAGGAGGAGCUGCAGACCGCCAUCGAGGAGGAGGAGGAAGACGAGGAAGAGGAGGAGGAAGAGAUGAACAACAGGGUUAAUCACGACUCUCUGGAGGACGAGCUGAGCACAUGUAACGAAAGCCUGGCCACGGAGCCGUCCUUCAUCGACGAGAACCUCGUCUUCAACGAGAGCAAACGCGUUCCCUUCUUCAAGCUGAAGAAAGGCGGGAAGAAGGAGAGCAAGGCCUCGAGGCACAAGGUGUCAGAAAAUGAAGCCUUGACGCCACAGAAGUCCAGACUGCCGCUCCGCUGCCAGAACUAAACCGUUAAUAUAUUUUACUAUGUUUUUAGUGUUUGUAAUCGUUUCUGUCUUCUAAAUGUUUAUUUGCUGUGUUGUUGUUUUAAUAGCGUAAUUGUCUCGACAUUUUCAAGUUGCUUGUAAAAUUAAAGAGAUUUCUACUUGUUUUUA